AUGGCCGCCAACACAGGGUCUCUCUUCGGAGGAGCAUCGGGGUUCGGAUCAACAACAAAUAAACCCAGCCUCUUCGGAACCGCCAACAACGCGACCAGUGCCUUUGGAACCACGACGGCUGCACCGGCUCAAAACACUCAAACAAGCUCGUUGUUUGGUCAGAGUCAGGCACAACCUCAGCCGGCGACUCAAUCCUCGUUGUUUGGUCAGAGCCAGGCGCAACCGCAGCCAACGACCCAAUCCUCUUUGUUUGGUCAGAAUCAAACCCUCGCGCAGCCAGCUGCUCAGUCCUCCCUGCUCGGUCAGCCGCAACAACAAGCCACCAGCGCGCAAACCUCCGGACCGGCAGCGACGCAGACGACACAGCCUGCUUUCUUCAACAGUCUGCUCGAACGGGGCAAAAAGCGACCGCUGUCCGCUGCCGUGCAGGGUAGCAAUUUUGAAGAUGUUCCGAGCCUGCAACUGGGUCUGGAAGAUAUUCGGAGAAAAGCGAGGGAGCUGGGAUCCGCCGGGAGCAAAGACCCUCUACAGCCCUCUGUGACCAAGAAGGCCCACUACCUUCUUGCCUCCUCCGGAAUCUCCCCAGGUCAGGCAUUGCGCGACCUCAGAUCUCUCGACCCUCAAGCGUCGGUGGCUCCAGUGCGAGAAGCAGACAGUUUCGAUCCCGACAACCAGCGUUUUUUGCGGAACAUUCAGCAGCGUGGUCGUCAGGUCAUGAUCAACGAGAGCCUCUCCCGCGCGCAGCGUGAUUUUGAUGCAUUCUUGGAAGAGAAGCUGGACAUGGAUUGGGAAGAGCAGCGGCAAAAGAUCUUCCAGCACUUUGGCCUCUCCCAGAAGGACGCCACCGCUGGUGAUGAGCUCAAGUCCACCAUGCGUGGAGCCUUUGGUCGAUCGGCCAGACAGUCCAAGCCCGGGGGUGGCCCUGCCGCCUCACGCAGGAGUGUCUAUGGUCGUUCGGGCCUGGACAAGUCCGUCAUUGGGACUCCUGGAGCCGGCCUGGCUAGUCGCCAGCUCUUUGAGGCUCCCACGGAGCGCACGGAAGGAGCCGCGGCCGCUUCGCCUGAUCUUCGUUUCUUGCGAGAGAAGAUGGGUCAUUACGCCGAAAAGGUUCAGGAUUUGAACCUUGCCCGGCUUCAAGGCAAGACGUUUCCUAUUUUGGGUCAAUUCUUGGAAGUGGAGAUGCACUCGGGCGGUGAUGUCCCCCAACAGUUGAUAUCGGCAUACCGGGCACUGAUUAGCAUUGUGCAAGAAAAUCCGAGUAUUACAGAUAAGACCGACCCUAGCGCGGUGAGGGAACGUCAAUUUGCGGCCGAGUAUCUGGAUGAGUCCUCCAAAUCUCGAAACUCCAUCAAGUUGAAGAACCGGAUUCUCCAGGGCACGCGGUCUUAUCUGGAAAGGUCCUUUUACAGCGAGGUGGAGAAUGCCAUUGCCAAGAAUCCCCGCGAGGCUCAAUUAGGUGGUAUCCCGAGCACAAUCAACAAGAUCCGAGCGUACAUCCGUCUCCGGGCGGCGCGAAAAGAUUUGGCUCCAGACGGCACCGAGCUUCAGAUGGUCAACGAUGACUACUGCUGGAUCCUAAUCUUUUACCUGCUCCGCUGUGGCUUUGUCGAAGAGGCGGCGGGCUAUGCGGCCUCAGAUCUCGGCUUCCGAUCCCUUGACCAGAAGUUCGUGACAUACUUGACAUCUUACGCGCGUGACAAGCGUCUUUCCCGAGAGACGCAGCAGAAGAUCAAUGGCGAAUACCAACAACGCUUGCGAAACGCGCCCGAAAACACCGUGGAUCCAUACCGAAUGGCCUGCUACAAGAUCAUUGGUCGCUGCGACUUGUCCCGUCGUCGUCUCGAGGGAAUCAAUCAGAGCGUCGAGGAUUGGAUGUGGUUGCAGUUCAGCCUCGCCCGGGAAGAUGACCGCGCCGAGGAGGUGGCGGGUGACAUCUUUGGCUUGGAGGAUAUUCAGACUGAUAUUGCCGAGAUCGGCCAACGGGUCUUCACGAAGAACAAUGCCCAGGAUUCACCGGGUGGCUAUGGAACUUACUUCCUGCUGCAAAUCUUGGGUGGUAUGUUUGAGCAAGCCGUGGCCUACCUGGGCACCUUUGCUCCGGUGACAGCUGUCCACUUUGCUGUCGCUUUGGCCUACUACGGCCUCCUGCGCGUGUCCGAUUUUUACACCUCCGGAGAGGAGAUACUGUCGUUUUCGGUGAAGCAAUACCCACAGAUCAACUUCGGCUAUCUCAUCACUCAGUACACUCGAGAAUUCCGAACGGGCUAUGUCGAGGCUGCCAUUGACUACUUUACCCUCAUCUGCCUGAAUGCUGAUUUGGGCGGUAACCUCGGCAAAUCUCAAGCGUCGGUCUGCCACGAAGCUCUUCGCGAAUUUAUUCUCGAAACCAGGGAUUUUGCCAAAUUGCUGGGUGACAUUCGAGACGAUGGGACCCGGAUCAAGGGUAUUAUUGAACAACGUCUGGAGCUGAUCAACCUCUCUGAUCAAGAGGAUUUCCUGAAGAACAUCACGCUCCAGGCUGCUGGCGUGGCGGAUGACAAGGGCUUGACCACCGACGCUGUUCUUUUGUAUCAUUUGGCGGAGAACUACGAUCGUGUCAUCGACAUCAUCAACCGUGCCCUGUCUGACGCCAUCGCUAUCGAGCUGGGAGCCAGCAUGCCCAAGCUGCAGCCUCUCCGCCCCCGAGUGCAAGAGGGCCAGUCUGGAUCCGUCGAUCCCGGCAGUAGUCUGAGCCUGACCUCUGUCGAAGACCCCGUCGAGUUGGGCAAGACCAUGAUCAGCCUCUAUGAUGGGAAGCCGAUGUAUUAUGAGAAGAUCCGCGGGAUCAACCGCGAUACGUGCGGUCUUCUGCUCCGUAUGCUGACGGCCAAGUAUGAGGUGGAGGCCGGACGGUGGGCUCCCGCUCUUGAUUGUAUCAAUGCCCUGAACAUCCUUCCUUUGCAGGCACAAGGACAGAUCCCGCAGAUCCGCAGUGCCGCCCAAUCAUUCUCGUCCCUGCCGGAGAUGAUCUCUCGAAACGUCGGGCAUGUCAUCAUGUGGAGCAUUACCUGCAUUGGCAACGAGCGACACCGUCAAACGGGCGGCCCUUAUGAGACCGACAUGCACCAGGGCUUCGCCGAUCAAUUGCUGCAGAUGGCCAAGGACCUUAUGAUCUUCUCGGGUAUGGUCAAGUACAAACUUCCACCCCGGGUUUACGAAGCUCUCGCUCGUGCUGGUGCGGAGAUUGGCGCGUAUUAG